GGGGAGAGCGGGGCAAAGAUGGCGGAGGGGGCCGUGAGGGCGGUCCUGGAGCAGCUGCUGGUGGCCCUGGGGACCCCCAAAAACGGGGAGCCCCGACGGGGAGCUCUGCUGGUGGCCCUGACGGCGGGGGGGGCCCUGGGGGGGGGGCUCUGCACCCUCACAGUGGCAGCCACGGGACCCCUCAGCCGUGACCUCGACCCUGAAACGCUCGGGGGGGGUGCCCCCCGGGGGGUGCAGGAGCUGCCGGGAGCCCCCCCAAAAUCCCCCCCCCUGCUGUGGGCAGAUCCUGGCCCGGGCUCAGGUGCAAAGGAGCUUCCAGAUCUGUCACCCCCCCCCGCUGAGCCCCACCCGGGGGUCCCUGUGGCAAUUCCUGCACCGGACCAGCCUCGUGCACCCCGAGGUCGAGUUCCAUUUCUGUGCCAGCAUCGAUGGGAACGUCACGUCCCGAAGGCUGAGCCCGGAGCCCCCCUGGGCACAGGCGGGAACCAGACUGAGGGUGCAGAGCCGGCACUUCACUGGGCCGCCCUGCAGCCGCCUCCGCCCGAGCCCGGGGCUGCCGCUGCCGCUGCCGGUGCCGCCCCCGCUGGCGGCCGCGGGCUUCGGGGGGGACCUGGAGCUGCUCCCGGUCAGCGCCCUCGGCCCCCCCGGGACCCCCCCCGGGCACGGACCCCCCCUCUGCCGAGUGCAACUUUACCUGUUCGACCCCGCGGGGGUCCCCGUGCCCCCCCCGGCCCCCCCAACCCUGCAGGACCCCUCUCUGCUCGGGGACUGGGGGGGCUUUGGCCUGGCUGUGACCCCCCUGAACCCCAAAAACCCCCGGACCCCCGAGGCUGCUGUGAGGAUGAGGAAGAGCCGGUGCCCCCCGAUGUCACCUUUGGGGUGCGCUGGGACCCCCCCGAGGGGGACGGGGACCCCCAAACUUCCCCCAAGGGGGACCCCAAAACCCUCCUGGUUUUCCUCUUCCUGCGGCACCGGGACCCCUUUGGGGGGUACGAUGCAGGGACGCGCCGGCUGCUCCUGGCCCAGCUGGAGCCCACGCUGCGCCUCGGCCGCCCCGCGCUGGCCCGGGGGCUCCGGGCCCUCCUGCACCCCCUCCUGGGGGGGCUGCGCCGCCAGCACCAGGCACCCCCCAAAAGCAGCGCAGGGGGCGGAGGGAGGAGGAGGAGGAGGAGGAAGGGCCCCGGAGCAACCUCGGCCAGGGACCACCCGGCGGUGAUCAAGCGCCGCUUCACCAGCGUCCUGGUGGUGUCGGGGCUGUCCCCAGCCCUGGUGUGGCUCUGGAAGGAGCUCACGGGGGUCAAGGCUGACACCCCCCUGCCCGCGCUGCUGGGGCUGCGCCUCGAGGGGCUGCUCCCGGCCACGCUGCUGCCUCUGCUGCUCACCAUGAUCCUGUUCCUGGGACCCCUGAUCCAGCUGUCCAUGGACUGUCCCUGGCGGUGGCUCGAUGGCAUCAGGGUGGCCCUGGACCCGCGGGUGUGGGCGCUGUGCCUGGGGGACGUGCGCUGGCUGCGGAACCAGGUGGUGGCCCCGCUGACGGAGGAGUUGGUGUUCAGGGCCUGCAUGCUGCCCAUGCUGGUGCCCUGCACGGGGCCCGGCCCCGCCGUGCUGGCCUGCCCCCUGUUCUUUGGGGUCGCCCAUUUCCACCACGUGAUCGAGCAGCUCCGCUUCCGCCACGGCUCCGUCGGCAGCAUCUUCAUGGCAGCAGCAUUCCAGUUCUCCUACACGGCCGUGUUCGGGGCCUACACGGCCUUCCUGUUCCUCAGGACCGGUCACCUGGCGGGGCCGGUGCUGUGCCACUCCUUCUGUAACUCCAUGGGCUUCCCGGCGCUGGGCGCGGCCCUGGGGCACCCGCGGCGCCGGGCGCUGCUGCCCGCCUACCUGCUGGGGGUGCUGGGCUUCCUGCUGCUGCUGCACCCCCUGACCGAGCCCGCCUUCUUCGGGGCGCGCCCCCCCUGCCGCGACCCCCCCGCCUGCUCCUGACACGGGCGGGGGGCGCCCGCCCCUCCCCCCAAAGCCCCCCGCCCCCCCUCCCCGUUUUUAUAGGAGCCGCCGCACAGAGUCUAUUUUUGUGAUUAAAGUGGUUUAAGGCUUG